AUGGCGGCGGGAGCCGGGGAGGCGGCGCGGAGCCAGGCCUCCCUGCAGCGCCGGCUGCAGAGCUCGCAGGAGGCGCAGCAGCGGCAAGCGGUGCUGGUGCGGAAGCUGCAGGCGAAGGUACUGCAGUACCGGACUCGGUGUCGAGAGUUGGAGCAGCAACUGGAAGCAGGACGGGUGAGUGUGCAGGGAUCCCUUCCAGGCAGGUGGGAAGCCACAGAAGACCACAGCCUGGAGAAAGCACUGCUUCGGGUGGAAGAGGAGCAGCAAAGGUGUGAGAGUCUGGCAGAAGUGAACACUGUCUUGCGGGAGCAGCUCGAUAAAGCGAAUGAGGUUAAUUCAGCCCUCAAAGAAGAUGUUGGAAAACUGACAGCGGAUUGGAUGAGGGCCCGUGAGGAGCUGGAAUUGAAGGAGAGAGAACGGCGCAGUGAACGUGAGCUUUAUGACAGCUACUUGAGGGGUGAACGUAACCGUCUACUCAGCCUAUGGCGUCAGGUGGUAACCUUCCGCCGUCAUUUCCUGGAAAUGAAGACUGCCACUGAGCGAGAUCUGUCCGAGCUGAAGGCAGAGCAAAUGAGGCCUUCUGGAUUGAUACUUGCAAACUGCUCCCAUCUAAACUCUGGCGUACAGCUCUGGGAGUCCGUCACUCUGGGUAGACCUGUCCUGAAGGAUCAGGCACAGCAGCAAGCGGGACAGGAGAUAAACGAGGAGGCUCAGGCAGUGAUGUGCUUACAGGUCAAGGGGGACCUGGAGAAGAAGGAGCUUCAGGACAGGGUGAUGGAGCUCUCAGCCUUGCUUGUACAGUCCCAGAAGCAGAACGAGGAGAAGGAGAAGACCAUUAAAACACUUAACGACACUGUGGAGAUUCUAGAAGCAAGUCGGCUAGAGAAAGAAUAUGAAGCUUCAUUGACUAGAAGUGCCAAGGAGGAGAAUCGUUCCCUCCAAAAGCUGAUCAAAGAUAUAACUGAGGUGGUGUUAGAUGACAGUGACAGCACAGUCAGCAUUGUCUGCCCUGAGAGUUCCCAGCGUGCAGAGCCUGGCAACAUCCUCUCUUGUCUGAGCUCCAUUGAUGCAGAGCAUGCCUUUGCAUUGGUUCAGGAAGCACUGGCAAGGAGGCGAGGAGCAACACAGGCCCUGAAAGAAGAGCUUUCUGCCAGGCAGGACUCUAUCAAUUUCCUGCGGCACCAGCACAGACAGCAGGAAGAGCAGUGCAGGAAGCUGCAGCAAAGGCUUGAGCAACUGGAGGAGGAACGCAAGACAUCCAGCAGCCACCGGCAGCACCUCCAGUCUCUGGUAGAAGCACUCAGAAGUGACUGUGCAAACCUGGAGAAAAGCAGGCAAGAGCUCCAGCAACAGCUUGAAGCAACGGAGCAAGAAGCCUCGCGUCUGCGUCAAAGUAACACUGAACUGCAGCUGAAGGAAGAUUCAGCCCAGGGGGCAAAGGCAGAGCAGCAAGAGACGCUGGAGAGAGUGCGUCGUGACCAGGAGCUCCUCCUGAAGGACUUAGCUGCUCUUGAAGGCAAACAUUCCUCAUUACAGAGUGAGUUGGUAGUCACGAGAGAGACACUGGAGGAAUCGCACCUUCAGAGGGAUCUGCUGAAGCAAGAGAAACAGGAGCUUACCAUGGCACUGGAGAAGGCAGAGCAGUCAGUAGCAGAGUUGACAGAGGCUCAGAAUAAGCUGAGUGCUGAAAUAGCUGAGCUACAAGCUGCCACAGCGAACAUGAGCAGUAUCCAUGAAGCUCUUGCAUUGGAUAAAGUGCAACUGAACAAACUUGUGCUGCAGCUGGAGCAAGAGAAUGAAGUUCUGUCAGGCAAAGUGGUUGAGAUGGAGAGAGCAAGGCUCUCUGACCAGGAGAAGCUGAGCUCAUGUGAAAGAACCAAUGAAGAGCUCUGCGCAGAGAAAGCCCACCUGGAGCGGCUGCUGAAGAAAGCAGAGGAGCAAGAGGAGGGGCUGCGGGUAGAGCUGACGCUACUGGCAGAGGAGAAGGAAGAAACCCAAGAGAAACUCAGUCAGGUUUACCGCCAGCAAGAGUCGGCUAGCAGUGAUCUGGAGCAGUUGCGCCAGGAGUCCUCUCACCAAGGGCAAGCACUGGCCAAGGCAGCCAAAGAGAAGGAACUGCUGGUGCACGAGAAGGCUGCCCUAGAGGUGCGACUGGCAGCCCUGGAGCGGGACCGACAAGGCCUUUCGGAGCAGCUGGCAGAGGUCAGGUCAGCGAAGGAGACCCUGGAAUCCAGCCUGUUUGAGGCUCAGCAGCACUUAUCCCAGCUGGAGAUCGCCAGGAGUCAGCUUGAAAUCCAACUUCAGGCAGCCGCGCAGGCCAAGGAGGUGAUACAAGGGGAAGUGAAGUGCCUUCAACGUGAGCUGGAAGCAGAGAGAUCUCUCAUGAAGCAGGAACGGGAAAACAUGGUGCAAGAACUUCUGCGGACCAAACAGCAGUGUAACGAUACCCUUAAACUCUGGGAAACUGAUCGUGAAGUGGAAAUAAAGAAGCUCCUGCAAGACCUGGCAAGCGAGCGGGAAGGGCACCGUUCAGAGCUGCAGGAGAUGCUGGAGCAAUGGGAAAAGGAGAAGGCAGAGACAGAAGGGGAGCAUGAGAAGCAGCUGUUUGAUAUGAAGCAGAAAGUUGCUACCAUGCAAGCUCAACAAGAAGAGGAACGAACCAGAGUUGAAAAUGCCAAGCAAGAGGUCCUGCUCGAAAAGGAGAGUGAGAAGAAUGCUUUAUUAGAGACGCUACUCCAAAGUCAGGGAGAGCUAAGAGAAGCCUGCCAGCAGCUAGAGCAGCUCAGGCAGGAGAUGAAAGAGCAGCAAGAGAAUGGGCAGAACAUCACCGAGAAGCUGCGAGCAGAGCUGCAGGAAACUCGGAGUAAGAUCAAGGCAGUGGAGAAGAGGCACAAGGAAGAAAUGAAAACCAUCAACAAGGAAAUGAAUAUCCUUCUUCAGCAGAGGGAUGCUCUGCAAAAACAGGGGGAAGAGUUGACCUCUCAGCUAGCAGCCUCCAAAGAGUUUUGGCAUGAACGGGACAGACUGCAAGCACUUAAAGAAAAACUGGUAUGGGAGGUAAAACUUCUUCAGGAAUCGGUCACAGCCUCUGAAACCCGAGCAAAUACAGCAACAGAUAGGAAUCACUCCCUUGAACAAGAACUCCAAACUACGCUGUCUAUCUUAAAAAUUAAAAGUGAGGGAGUGGAAACACAGUGGGAGAAAAUCCAGAUGCUACAGAAAGAGGCAGCAGAGGUAAAAGCUUUGCAGGAGAAUCUCAAUCAUAUGACUGCCAUCCUGUCAGAGCGGGAGGGAGAAAUGAAGUUAUACCAGGAACAGAUGAGAAUGCUGGAAAAGCAGAACGAAAUGCAUAAAACUACUCUCCAUCAGGUUACUAAGGACAUAACAGAGGAAAAACAGAAGACAAAAUUGCAGCAAGAACACAUUCAGGAGCUGGAGAAGCAGCAAGAAAAACAAAGGGUUGCAGUAAGCAAAAUGAAUAAAGACAUGGAAGAGAGAGACCGGGAGAUCAGAUCCCAGCAAGAAGAGAUACGGGAGCUGGAGAAGCAGCGCGAAAUGCAGAGGACUGCGGUGAGCAAGAUGAGCAAAGAGCUGGAGGAGAGGGACCAGGAGAUCAAAUUCCUGGAGGGGAAAAUAAUGAUUCUGGAGCAACACGGUACGUCACAAGUGAGAAAUCUGCUUGUGGACCUUGAUGAUAUGAAAGGAAACUUGAAAGAGAAAACCGUAGAGGUUAUGUCUCUGACUGAGCAGAUCCAGCAACUGGAAAAGGAGAGAGAACAGGUGACAUCUCUGCACGCAAGCCUUGAACACCUGAGGGCAGUUCUCAAGGACAGAGAGAGUGAGUGUGACUCUCAAAGGGAUCAGUUAAGACUCUUCCAGCAGUCCAAGGAACAGCAAGAGGGUCUCCUGCAAGAGCUUCAUGGUAAAGUAGAAAAGAUGACACUUUCUUUAUCUAAAAAAGAUCAAGAGCUUGAGUCACAACAAAAGCAAAUCCAGGAAGCUGCAGAAGUCAUGGAAAUGCAGUUAAGGACUGUCCGUGACCAGCUGGAGCAGACCUUAGAAACCUUAAAAGAAAAGGACAGACUCAUAGACAUCCAAAAGCAACAAAUACGGAACUAUGAGGAAAAAACAGAAGAACGGAUGAACGUCUUACAUAGAGACCUAGAGUGCACUAAGGCAAUACUGAAAGAAAAGGAUUUCAUGCUUGAAUCUCAGAAGGAAGUGAUUGAGAGCUUCCAAAAACAAGAACAAGACUCUGAACAGCAGAAGGAAAUUCUGCAGCAUCUUCAAGCGGCACUAAAGGAACAAGAGCAAGAAAUUUUAUCCCUUAGAAAGCAAUGUGAGGCAUGCAAGGAAAAGGGGGAAAAGCAUGAAGCUGAGCAAACACAUCUUCAAGCAACAAAACGGACUCUGAAAGAAAGGGAAGAAAAGAUUGAGGUUCUGGAGGAGGCUCUCUCUAAGCUUCAGCAGCAAAAGGAGGAGGCAGCGAUGCAGACUAAAGCCAUACUGCAAAAACUACAGUAUGCUGAGUCUUCUCUAGAAGCUAGAGAUCAUGAGAUAGGGUCUUUGCAAGAGCAUGUCCAGAGCCUUCAAGAGCAGAAGGAGUUAGAAGGCAAGCAGGCCAAGAGUCUACAGCAGGAUCUAGACAAAAUGAGCCAAAUAGUGAAGCAGAACCAUUUGGAGUUCCUCAGGCAGACAGAGCAAAUGAACAUGUUCCAGCUUCGUGAAGAAAGCAUGAAAGUAGCACUAACAUCAUGCCAGAAAAAAGUCAAUCUGCUUGAGGAAGUGGUGAGGAAGAGAGAUGAAGACAACAAAACUCUUAUGCAAAAACUCCAGCACCAAGAAGAAGAACUGAAGACCUUGCAGAACCUGCAGCUUCGGCUAACCGAGAGGAAUGAAGAGGUUAGUCAUCACAGAGAGCGAGAGAAGCUGCUGGAAGAAGCCUUGCCUGAGAGGGAACAGGAGACCAAGGCUCAAGGUGAGCAAAGAGAGUUAGAAGAGGAAAUAAGAGGUCUUCGGGAAGAUCUUCAGCACGUUCGGCAGACUCUGACAAAGAAGGAUGAAGAGAUCAAGCACAAGAGAGACCGAGUCAGGUAUUUAGAGAAGACUCUGACAGGGAGAGAAGAAGAGCUCAGGAGGCAGAGUGAACUCCUGAAACAAUUAACAUCAGCUUUGCGAUGGAAAGAUGAAGGGGAGACCCUAAAGAAACAAAUCCAGAAACUCCAAAAAUGGGAGGAAGAGGAAGCAGAGAAGAGGAAAGUUCUCCAGGAGAGAGACUGUCUCUUGCAAAGGGAGAGGGAGCUAACCCAACAACUGGAAGAUGAGCGGAAAGCAAAGGGGGAAGAAUUGGAGCGUGUGACUGCUAUUUUGAAGCAGACUGAAAGCGGAGAAAUUGAAUGGAAAGAGAAGGCACAAGCACUGACUCUUGCCCUUACCAAGAGUGAAACGGCCAAUGGGACUUUGAGAGAAGAAAUAGCCAUUCUGCAGAGUAUGGUUUCAGAGAGGGACAAGGACCGGUUUCACCUUCAGGCUAUUGCAGAAGGGGAGCAGCGAUCAUGGCUCUCAGAGAAGAGACUCCUGUCGCAGCGGCUGGAAUGUCUGCAGCGAGCAAUUGCAAGUCUGGAAAAUGAGAAGAUGGAGCUGAAGCAAUUCAAUGCUGAGCUCAGGAGGACUCUGGAGCAGGUGGAACGCGAACGGAGGAGACUGAAGAGAAAUUAUGGUGGUCGGUCGGUGCCAGACGCACGUGGAUUUUCUCUCUCCGAGUCUGACCAGCCCAAGAUGCGGGCUUCUAGACAGGAGGAGUCUUGUGCUCGCUGCAGUCGAUUAGCUGAGUUACAGAACCAGGUGUCCCUUCUGCAGACGCAGCUGGCACAAGAACGGAAAUACAAGCAGGACUAUAUUGAGUGCUGUGCAAAGACGAGCCAGGAGCUGUCAGACCUUCACCAAGAGCUGCCUUACUCCUUAGCGGCUGUGGUCAGGGAGUCCAAAGCCGCUGUUCUGGAGGCAGAGACUCGGAAACUGUUCAACAGCCAGACCUGCCGGAAGCGAUGACCUGAAGUGACAGGAGCAGUGUACAGCAAAAGGCCUUAGGAGGAGCCAAGAUGGGGACCUGCUGUAGCAGGUGAACUGUGGCAGGGGGCUUGGUUCAAGGCAAGAUAAAAGUUCAGGGCACAGUGUUCACUGCAGGUUCCCCAGCAGAAGCAGUGGUGGGACAAAACUGGUGCUGGCAUGUGUGGAUGUGGUCAGUCAUGGGCCUGGACAAGCAGGAUGAACCUGAGGAGCGCAUAAAAUUUCUUCCUUUUCCAAAGCAGUCUCGUCAGCCUCCACACAGCCCUCCACAUUCGGUUGUUACUGUUAGUUUCUGUGCUGUACACAAAGACUUUCUGUCUGGUUGUAAUUUUCCAAUACACUUAUGUCUCCAAAACACUGCACAGGCUCUGAGCAGCACUCUCUUGCAGUGGUGUCCUGUUGCUUCUCUGCUUUCUUCAGCAGCUGCUCCAGGUGGGCUUUCUCUGCGCAGAGCUCUUUAUUUGUUCUUCUACACAAGUGCAGCUUCUCCUGGUCAGAGAUCCUUGCUCUCCUGCAGCAAGGAGUUCAGUUGCACUUUAUCCCGUACUGCUCAUGUUUGCUGUUGCAGCUCGUAGAUCACCUGUUUCAGUACUGAGCUUAUUCUGAGCCCCUGUCAACUCUGCUACUGACUGCUCUGCCUGAAGAGACCAAAGAGAAAAAUUUCUGCGACCUGAGAUGAAGCAGUGAAUAGCAACACAUGC